GUUGUCCUUUGGCAUGGUCUGGUAACUGGUAAUCUAGAACAAGUGGUUCUUGUGAAAUCUCUGCAUUUAGGCAGCCAAUCAGCUUGCUUGUCAGUUGUUGUGGCAGAUAUCAGCUCUGAAAAAAAAAGGAAAAACUCAAGUUUGAUUGGAGAAACAGAGAUGUGAAUGAAACUCAGAAAGCAAAUGGUGCAUUUUUCAUUGCCCUGUUCUUCUUGUUUUAUAGUGAAAGAUUUUCUUCGAAUCGAUGAUGGAGACAUAGGAAGGAGAAGAGGCAGAAAUUGAAGAGGAUCUUCCAAAGGCCACACAAUGCUGAGGAUGGAUCAGGACAAGACUUCAUCGGCAGCUGCAGCCAUUCCCAAGAGGAGGCAGACAUUGUCGGCAGCAAUGAAGAGAACCAGUGAAUGGGCUUACUCACAGGAUGCACCUAAUGAUAUCACUGUUCUGGUUGGCGGAACUGCCUUCAAUUUAAACAAGUUUCUCUUGGUGUCGAAGUCUGGAUAUAUGCGGAAGUUAAUCUCUCAAGCAAAUGACUCAGACAUCAUCAAGAUGUCAGAAAUUCCCGGGGGCAUCGAGGCGUAUGAAUUUGCUGCAAAGUUCUGCUAUGGAGUAAACUUUGAAAUUAAUCCCGAGAAUGUUGCCAUGCUUCGUUGUGUCGGUGAGUACCUUGAGAUGACUGAAGAAUACACUGAUGGAAACCUUGUGAGGAGAACUGAGGACUAUUUCGAAGAGGUUGUAUUGGUGAACCUCUCCGCUGCAGUCACUGUGCUGCAGAAAUCAGAGAGCUUUCUGCCAAUUUCAGAGAAAGUGAAACUAGUUAGUAGAUGCAUUAGCGCUGUAGCAUAUAUGGCAUGCAAUGACAUCCAGUUCUCUUUAUCGACGGACAGCCAUGUAAGCUUGAGCUCCUCAGUAACACAAUCCAGAGCCAUCAUGGACUGGUGUGGAGAGGAAUUAACCAUCCUAAGGAUUGAUACGUUUCAAAAACUAAUCACAGAAAUGAAAGCCAUGGGCUUCAAACCGGUUGCUCUUGGACCUAUACUUAUGCUCUAUGUGCAGAAAUCUCUCCGAGGUUUGGAUCUCCUCGGAAAGGAAAGGAAGAAGAUGGAACCGAAGCAAGAACACGAGAAAAGAGUAGUCUUGGAGACAAUUGUUAGUCUUUUGCCGAAAGAAAAGAAUGUAUUAUCAGUCAGCUUUCUGUCAAUGUUACUAAGGGCUGCAGUUUUUCUCGAGACAACAGUGGCUUGUAGGCUUGAUUUAGAGAAGAGGAUGGGCAUUCAACUCGGACAGGCAGCACUAGAUGAUCUAUUAAUCCCAUCUUUUUCGUUCGCCGGUGAUAUGUUGUUCGAUGUCGAUAUGAUUCAAAGGGUCGUGAUGAACUACCUCGAACAUGAGGCAGACGAAGGCCGAAUUGGAUUCGACAUUGAUGAUGAAUUCGCCUCUUCAAUAAGUGGCAUGGACCAAGUUGGAAGGCUCAUAGAGAGCUACCUUGCUGAGAUUGCAUCUGAUCCAAACUUGCCCAUUUCCAAGUUCAUCAGCCUCGCGGAAUUGAUACCAGAACAAGCUCGGUUUACCGAAGAUUCAAUGUAUAGAGCUAUAGAUAUAUAUUUGAAGGCUCAUCCAUCACUAAGCGAUGCCGAAAGGAAACAGAUUUGUGAAAUGAUGGACUGCCAGAAAUUAUCCAGAGAGGCCUGUGCUCAUGCAGCUCAGAAUGAGAGACUACCAGUGCAGAUAGUUGUUCAAGUUCUUCACAACGAACAACAACGUUUGCGAAACGCAUCGUCUAGAAACUACGGAGGAGGAGACUCUCCGGCAUUUUCGCAGAAAUUGAGUAUGUUUCGAUCAAAUUAUCAUCUUGAGACACCAUCAGAUGAACUAUCCCGUUUACGCAGCGAAAACGACAACCUCAAGCUAGAAUUGAUGAGAAUGCAGGCACAAAGAAGAGAUGAAGGCAAGCCUUCAGUAAAACAAGCAGUAUCAGGAAAACCACCAUUACCGAAGAAAUCAUUCGUGAACUCUGUUUCUAAACAACUCGGCCGCCUUUAUCCGUUUAACCGAGCAGAUGGUGCUAAAACUCCAUCUCGUAAAGCCAUGACAAAGCCGGCAAAAGAUCGAAGGCAUUCCAUCUCUUGAACUAUGUAUCAGUGUCAGUAAAAACAUAGAAAAUUUCUGCUACUGCUUGCAAUGUAAGAUCAACAAUAUACAUAUAUAUGUUUCGUAAUGAAUUUCAUGUUAAGAUGUUCAGAUAAACUUCUGAUUGAGCAAAUUACAAUGAGAAAUUAACAGGAAUUCAAUCC